AUGUACAGAAAAAAGAGCUGGAUCGCCCUAAGAGAGGGGGGGGGUGGCCCCACAGAAAGCGGCUGCAGCUACAGCCAGCGCCGCGGGGGGGCGCUGCAGCCCCGACCACUGAAGCCCCGGGAGCCGAAGAAGAGCAUCAUCCCGGGCUCCGGCGGCUCCGCUCAGGUAGGAUGUGGUAGCGUGCACGCAGCCGACGCCAUGGACCACAUCAACGUGAAGGUGAAUUUCCGGGGGAAUUUCCGGAAUUUCCUCCUGUCGGGAUCCGAGACCAGGAGCUGGGAGGCGAUGGAGGCCAUGGUGAAGCGCUCCUUGGGCUUGUGCAGCCUGCAGCUGACAUACUUUGAUGAGGAGAAUGAGGAGGUGUCCAUCAACAGCCAAGGGGAGUAUGAGGAGGCUCUGAAGUGUGCCGCACGGCAGGGGAACCGACUGCACAUGAAUGUGUGUGAGCCCCGGGGACAACCGGCCAGGCUGUCCGCCACUAAGGCCAGCGGAGCAGAGCCCAAGAGGGGCUUCAGGCCCCCCCAGCACUGCCCCUCGCUUGCUCAAGUGGUCAGCCGCAAGGUCCAGGCUGCGGUUCCAGAGCAAAGCAUGUUUAUCAUGAAAGAGGUGAAAGGAUCCAGGGAUGAAGACAAAACACCCCCUGCCUGGUUUACCUCCUACAUGGAAAAGUUUAAGGACCAGGUGGUUCGGGAGGCCGUGGAGAAAAUAUGCCGGGAGUUCUCAGGGCAAUGCUGCAUCCACAAGCCUUUGGGAGGAGGAGCAGGAGGAGGUGCUACAGGAGGAAGGGGGGAGGCAGGGAGAGGGGCAGAGACUCAGCAGGUUACCGAGGUGUCUUCCUCCACCCUACCCGGAGCUCCAACCUGCUCCACUCCCCCCUGCUCCUCCUGCAGGGGGCAGACCACCGGAGGAGGCUAUCAGUGCAGUGUGUGUACUUCCUGUACUUUGUGCGAGCCAUGCAGCUUUUCUCAUGAUCCCAGCCACAACCUGGUGAGAGCCAGGACUCCUCUGUCCAUCCCAGAGCAUGGAUCCCCCGCACCAGACCACAGCAGAUUCUACAGACGAGGUGACCGCAGUUUCCGGAAGGCAGAGAAGCAGCGGCUGAAGGCAGAAAAGCGCUUGCUGAAGGCUGAGGUCAAAGAGAUCCGCAAACAGCUGAGGAUGGAGAGGCGGGGCAUCCAGUGGACCUCCUCCCACACAGAGGGAAGCUCAUCUCCAGUCCUUCUGCAGCCUCGUGCCACCCAGCACCACAGCCCGGAUCGUCCAAAGUGCCCCUGUCCUCUGGUGGUUCCUGCCAUGACGGCUGCUUUUCUGGAUGAAAACCUUCCCGAUGGAACCCGACUGCGUCCUGGAACCAAAUUUAUAAAGUACUGGAAGAUGAGGAAUACUGGAACUAUCAGCUGGAGUACUGAUACUAAGCUGAAGUUCAUGUGGGGGAAUCUGGUGGUGGGACCUGGAGACCGCUGGAGGGAAGUGUCCGUUCCUGCUCUCCAGCCUGGACAGGUGGGCAUAGUGAGUGUGGCGCUGUGCGCUCCUGCUGCUGAGGGAUCCUACACCUCCCACUGGCGCCUGGCCCAUGCUGGAGAGCAGUUUGGACCCAGAGUGUGGUGCAGCAUCGUGGUGGACGCUCUGGCCCCGGCCCCCGUGUUGGCAGAUGGGAUACUCGUCUCACCCUGCGUCACUCCACAGGGGAAGAUUCCUGCUGUAAAGGAGGGAGAAGACUGUGCAGCACCUCGGGAGCAGCCAUUAACGUCAGUGGACCAGGGAGAGUUCUACAUCCCCUCCGUAGACCUGCUGACUGCCCAGGAUCUUCUGUCUUUUGAGCUGUUGGACAUCAACAUUGUCCAAGAGUUGGAGUGUGUCCCAAACAACACCCCUGCUGACUUGACUCCCUGCAUGUCCCCUCUGCCCCAAGAUGGCCACCUGCCAGACAAGAGCAGUCCUUCCCUGGGUCUGAUCCAGGAGGAGGCAGAGGUCAUCAGUAGCAUCAUGGAUGUCCCCAAUGCAGAGCGGUCUAAAGCUGAAGAGGACUGUGUCCCGGCUCAGGAGGAGGGGGGGCAUGGCCUCAGUGAGACACGGUCUGUUUGUGAGACUGUGAUCCACUCAGUGACCCGGGAGGAGCCCCCAGACCUCAGCCUACAGCCCCAAGCCUGUUCACAGCCACGAAAAGAGAAAGUCGAGCAAUCCUGCAAGAAGAUUAUCACUGAGCCCAGAGAGAAAAAACCAGAGGAAGAAAAGAGAGACAGGACAAGAAGUCGCUCCUCCUCCACAUCUUCAGAGGACUACAUAAUCAUUCUCCCUGACUGCUUUGACACCAGCCGGCCUCUGGGGGAGUCCAUGUACAGCUCUGCUCUGUCCCAGCCCGGCGACAUCCCAGUCAAAUCCCUGUCAGACCCGGGCCUUUUGGGCUCUACCACAGGAGACGGAGAGCCGGCUCAGAAGGGGGGGGCUCCAGAGGACGAGAUGCCUGCUGCUAGUCCCAGUGACAUGCUUUGCACGUCCCAGACGCUGGAUGCUGAACCGCUGACGCCUGAAAAGGUGGCUCCGCCCACCGCCGCCAGCACGUCCAGGCCAGACAGCAGCGCAGAGGCACAGCCCGGUGUUCCCGGGGCUGGGGGGGCGCUGGACAGCUCAGACCUGUACCUGACUGAGGACGGUCCUCCAGCAUCAGCGAAGGCCAAACCUGAGGCUGCUGAAGACCCAAAAGAUGACCAUCCAGAAGACCCAAGCCUCCAGUGGACUCCUCCACCCAGGACACCAUGAUGGCAGUGCUGGUGGAGAUGGGAUUUGGUGACCGGCCACUAAAUCAGAGAUUGCUUAACAAACACAACUACAGCCUGCUGGAUGUGGUUAAUGAGCUGGUUCAGAUGACCAAAAAUGAUGGGUACUCCACACAUUACUAGCAAAAACUGAAAAAAGAAGAAACAGUGGAAGUUGAAAAUUAGAUAAGGAUUUAAAUAGUUAGAAGGAAAGCUCAGCUGACUGUAUGAGGAGAUAUUCUUAAUCUGUCUGUGUAGACUAUCAAGCCCUCAUUAUGUGUGGUGUUACUUUCAUCGUAGGUCUUGAUAGUGCCAGGUGUCUUUUUACAUCAGCCCAAGAGAAAUGUAGAAA